AUGCGCACUGCAUUCGUCGCUACCGCCCUCCUCGCCGCUGGCGCCUACGCCCAGAACAUCUCGGCCACCUGCUCUGCGGGCCUCGUCGGCCUCCUGGGCAGCGACGCCGGCUCCUGUCUCCAGGUUUCGAAGCUCGUCGCCGUCCUCUCCAGCACGGGAUCGGUCGUGACCCCCGUCGGGGGCUACCUCACGGGCCUCUGCAACUCGACCACCCCCAAGUGCAGCAACGAGACCCUCCAGCAGGCCCAGGCGACCAUCACCUCCAACUGCUCCGCCGACUUGACCUCGCUCGGUGGUCUGCUGUCGUUCGUCAACGCCGUCGUGUCCAACUAUGACGACGUGUACGCCGCUGCUUGCAGCAAAAACUCGACGACCGGCGACUUCUGCGUCGUUGAGGGUCUCAAGACCAUCGAGACGACCACGAGCACCAACGUGACCUCGACCGUUCUCACCGAGCUCCUUGCCGGCGACAACGCGACGAAUGCUCUCCUGGAGCCUGCUAUCAGCUCUGGUCAGCUCUGUACCUCGUGCAUCGGUGGCAUCUUCUACGAGAUCACGAAGAUUACCCCGACAUUCAACGAGUCCUCGCUCGGCCAGGGCCUGACGACCACUUGCGGUGCCGAGUUUGGCACCGUUGCUCCUAACACCACCACCGAGGGCAGCGGCAACGCCACCACCACCUCGACCGGCAACUCUACGGCCACGUCGGGAGCCUCCACCUCGGCGACCGCCAAGAGCGGCGCCGAGCGUGUCGGCGCCACCUUCCUCGGCUUCGCAGUCGCGGGUGUCGCUGGUGUCGCGUGCCUCCUCUAA